AUGGAGAGUCGGAGGCUGCCUGAGGUGAGAGAGCAACCCCUGCAGAUAUUGGAGAAGCCCGCUCAGGCCAAGGGCACAAGGAGUGGAGCGGUGCCUAGACUCCUGCUGGGCCUGCAGUGGCGCAAUGGAAUAUUCAGAUCUGGAGAUCAGAGGCCAAGUCCAGUUGCUGGCCAACACCCUCCCAAAAACAAGCAUCCAAAGGAGCAAGGAGAGAAUAGAAUCAAACCGACCAACAAAAAGGUGAAACCCAAAGUUCCUAAAAUAAAAGACAGGGAUGCGGCUGAUUCAACAUCCAAGAGUCAGUCCAUCAUGGUGCAAGUGACAGACCAAGGGCGCUUCCAGAAACCUGCUGCUACCCUGAGUCUGGCGGCGGGGCAGACGGUAGAGCUUCGAUGUAAAGGAAGUAAGAUUGGAUGGAGCUACCCUGCCUAUCUUGACGCUUUUAAGGACUCCCGCCUCAGCGUGAAGCAGCAGGAGCGCUACAGCCAGCUGACCCUGCUCAAUUCCACCGCGGCCGACACUGGGGAAUUCAGCUGCUGGGGGCAGCUCUGCACCGGCUACAGCUGCAGAAGGGACGAGGCCAGAACAGGCUCCACCUACAUCUCUUUUAUAGAGAAAGGAGAACUCUUUGUACCUUCUCCGAGUUAUUUUGAUGUUGUCUACCUGAAUCCGGAAAGACAGGCUGUGGUUCCUUGUCGAGUGACUGUGCUGUCAGCCAAAGUAACACUGCAUAGGGAGUUCCCUGCCAAGGAAAUCUCUGCCAAUGGAACCGACAUUAUUUACGACUUGAAGAGAGGCUUUGUGUAUCUGCAACCUCAUUCUGACCACCAGGGGGUGGUCUACUGCAAGGCGGAGGCCGGGGGCAAGUCUCAGAUCUCCAUCAAAUACCAACUGCUCUACGUAGAGGUCCCCAGCGGUCCCCCAUCAACAACCAUCUUGGCCUCCUCAAAUGAAGUGAAAGGUGGGGAUGACAUUAGUGUGCUCUGCACUGUCCUCGGGGAGCCUGAUGUCGAGGUGGAAUUCAGAUGGAUCUUUCCAGGGCAAAAGGAUGAAAGGCCAGUAACAAUUCAAGAUACUUGGAGGCUGAUCCACAGAGGACACGGGCACACCACAAGAAUCUCUCAGAGUAUCAUCACAGUGGAAGACUUUGAGACCAUUGAUGCAGGGUAUUACAUCUGCACUGCUCAGAAUCCCCGAGGACAGACUACAGUAGCCACCACUGUUGAGUUUUCCUGACUUGGGAAGGGAAGGAUCAUGAACUGAUGGAAAGCCCAUUUGUGUACACAAUCAGCCUGGGGCUUCUUUUUAUUAGUGCUUUGCCAGAGGUUGAUGCCAAUGCCAAGUGGCAAUCCCUGCCUGUGAGUGAGACCCAGACAGCCAAACUAAAAGGAAGUCAUCCAUCUAUUAACAGAAGUGUUAACUUUUCUAACAGAAAGCAUGCAUUUUGAUUGCUUACCUAUGUCCCUGUUUUUUAUACUAAAAAAGCAUAUACACCAACAACUUUAUAUAUAAUCAUGUCUAUUAAAUGAGCAAGUUUUUGUAAAAAAUUAAUGGGUUAAGUGCUUGUUUUUUAAGUUGCCUCGGAGGAUAGCAAGAAAGAUUUCUUGGCAGCAACACUUUAGUCAAUACAUAGGGUUCUCUUGGAUGCAACAAUCCUACUACAUCAGAUUUAGUGUAUUAAUACGUAGUUCAACCACUUACCUACAGGCAGCGACUUCAGAUUAAAUGCUUAGACGUAUCACUUUUCCUCAGUAGCAACUUUAAAGCUAAUGUGAUUUUACACAGGUAUUCAGAAAAUCAAGCAUACUUCUUUUCUUUGUAAAUGGGUGCACGCUAAAGUCCUAAUUUUAGAUUAUUCGAUAAGAACUAGAACAUGUGUUUUUAGAAGUUUAGCUUUCAACAUAAAAUAGAUAAGACAGAUAAAUAAGAAAUAUUUAAUUUUUUUAACAGUGUCAAAAAUGUAUUUGAAAAGUGAAAGGGGUAAAGGGAAAACUGGCUCCGCAGCGCAAACUUGGGCCAAGCAAAAGAGGAAAGGAGAAGGAGCAAAAGUAAAAGUCCACGCUGGUCUAGAACACACAGGAUGGGUUACUGUGAAGAGUCAAGAAAUAAUUAACCUCGUCUAGGCCCAUCUUCAAAGUAUUUAGACGGCAGCAUAUUAAAACCAGGCAAAAUUUAUUUCUUGAAUACAUGUCUUUGAAUUUAAAAAAGCUCAGCCUAUCUCUAACUCUGUGAGCCAAUUUUCGUCCAUGACAAAUUCUGUGGUUUGGACUAAAAAUUCCUGUGAAAUGGCUUAGGAGUCAGUGACAUUUUGGAAAGUGAAAUAGGUUAGAG